AUGGAUCUGUGUGAUCCCUGCCAGGCUUUGGAACAGGAACAACUAUGGCGUUUCGCCAUGAAGGAGGACAAUUUCCCGUUGUCCAAAUAUGAGUUGACGAAGCUAGCCGACAAACACGCUCCUGUCAAGUCCUGUACAGUGACAAUUCAUCCAGAAUCGCCCUGGUUCAACGAGGACAUUCGUGCUGCUAAAAGACAGAGGCGCAAACUUGAGCGCCAGUACAGGAAGACCAAGCUUGAGGUGCACAGACAGAUACACAAUCAGCAGUGCAACGAACUGGCUUCCCUUAUUGAAGCUGCUAAAUGCAAGUUUUAUAAAGAGGCUUUAAGUCAGGCGACUGGUCAGAAAGAGGUUUUUAAAGUUGCCAACCGACUAUUCUUUAAACAGAAGUCUCUUGUUCUUCCAUCUCACGUAUCCCUGGAGGAGCUGGCGAACCGGUUUUCAUCCUUCUUUAGCGAGAGAAUAAGAACUAUUCGUCACUCACUUCGUAAUAGUUACGACUCCCGAGCUGAUCAGCCAAGCAAUGAUCCUUCCGAAAUAAGCUUCCCAGCUUUUGAAAACUUCAAAUCAGUGACAGAAGUUGAAAUUCAUAAACUUGUCUCAAGAUGCCCUUCAAAAACGUGCAUGCUUGAUCCUUUGCCCACUUGGCUUCUCAAGGAGAAUGUUGAUUCUCUUCUCCCUAUACUGACUUACAUGGUCAAUGAAUCGCUUGCGGAGGGCGUUAUGCCCCAACAAUUAAAGACAGGAGUUGUUACCCCACUCAUCAAAAAGAAGAACCUGGACCAUGAACUGUUGAAAAACUACAGACCCGUGUCCAAUUUGACUUUCAUUUCCAAAUUGAUUGAACGCAUAGCUGCAACACAGUUCAAGGAUCAUAUGGACAGCAAUGGGUUGCAUGAAGUCUAUCAAUCAGCUUACCGCUGCUUCCACAGCACGGAAACGGCACUUGUCAAAGUCCAGAAUGACAUACUCAUGGGUAUUGACAAGGACGGUGCUUCCAUUCUCAUCUUGUUGGACCUUUCAGCCGCUUUUGACACGAUUGACCACAGUGUUCUUCUAGCCACUCUUGAAGGAAGAUUCAAUGUCAAAGGCGUCGUGUUAAAGUGGUUCAAGUCCUACAUCUCAGACAGGAAACAAUCAGUGGUUAUUCAAGGUCAAAUGUCGCUGUCUAGUGACUUAGUGUUGGGGUACCACAAGGCUCAGUUCUGGGCCCUUUGCUUUUUUACUGCCUACACAACCCCUCUUGGUGAUAUUGUCAGGUCCUUUAACCUCAGUAUGCAUCUUUAUGCGGAUGACACACAGAUUUACGUGUCCUUCAAGCCACUCGAUUCUGCCUCAACAUCUUUCACAUUCGCAGCAGUCCAGGAAUGUGUUGACUGUAUUAAAAUUUGGAUGACAACGCACUGGUUGAAAUUAAAUGACGACAAAACCGAGCUCAUCGUUUUCAGACCCCAGCGGCUCCGGGCAAAACUUGAUCUUCCCACUUUCUCUAUUUGGCACUGUGAAAUCACACCAAGUUCUCAAGUCCGGAAUCUUGGUGUAGUAUUUGACUCAUCUCUCUGCAUGGAACCACAUGUCAACGGUGUUUGUCGCAGCGCUUAUUUCCAUAUUCGGAAUAUCGGCCUGAUACGCAGGUACCUUGACGAGAAAACAACGAGUGCUCUGGUGCAGGCGAAGGACAUUCCUUGGAUGAAGAGGAAUGGCAACCAGAGCAGUUGA